AUGAAGAGUUUACUUGGUUAUGCUCUGGUAAUGGAGAGGCACAAGCCUUAUAUUGCCAUGCUCUUCAUACAAUUUGUGUAUGCAGGUAUGGCCUUGUUCUCUAAGGCAGCAAUGGCCAAGGGAAUGAACCCUUUUGUGUUUGUGGUUUAUCGUCAAGCUUUUGCCUCCCUCGCCUUGGCUCCAUUUGCUUUCUUCUUUGAAAGUUCAAAAGACGCUCCUCUUUCGUACACCUUACUCUGCAAGAUUUUCUUCAUUUCCUUAUCUGGGAUUACCCUGAGUUUAAAUCUGUACUAUGUUGCAAUCAACUACACCUCUGCAACGUUUGCUGCAGCCACCACCACAACAAUUCCAGCAAUUACCUUUGUCAUGGCGGUUUUGUUAAGGAUGGAAAGCAUUUCUAUGAAACAUUUGUAUGGUGUGGCCAAGGUGUUGGGUUCUCUCACAAGCCUUUCAGGGGCAUUGGUGUUUGCUUUAGUUAAGGGGCCUUCCAUAAAGUUCACGAAUUGGUAUCCAUCACAUCAUCAGACACAAAUUUCAGACUCAUCAUCUUCCUCCAGAGGGGACUGGAUAAAAGGUUCCUUGUUCAUGAUUUCAGCCAAUACUGCCUGGUCUUUGUGGCUAAUUUUGCAGGGUCCUAUUGUCAAGCAAUAUCCGGCAAAGUUGAGGCUUACCACUCUGCAAUGCUUCUUUAGCUGCAUCCAAUCAUCAUUUUUGGCCAUUGCAAUUGAGAGAAACCCAUCAGCUUGGAAGAUUGGAUGGGACAUUCAUCUUCUCUCUGUUUUCUAUUGUGGUGUAAUUGUGACUGGAAUUACCUACUGGCUGCAAGUUUGGGCCAUAGAGAAGAAAGGCCCAGUUUUCACAUCAAUGUUCACUCCUUUAGCACUGCUUAUAACAGCUAUCUUCUCAGCAAUCAUGUGGAAAGAAGCCCUUCACUGGGGAAGUAUUGGUGGAGGCGUAUUGCUUGUUGUGGGUCUGUAUAGCGUUUUGUGGGGAAAGGACAAAGAGGACAGGAAAAGCGAAGAAAGUGAACAGAAACAAGAAAGCAAGGAGGAAGUGGUGUAA